GUUUUGAUCCCGCUGAGCAUCCCCAAGCUCCUUGCAUUCCUAAUAAUCAGAAUGAUUGAACGAAAACAAAAUCAAUUCCAUAAACAGUUUAAUCUUACGAUUGAUUGGCUAUAUAAAGUUCGCCGCUAGGAAGACCACUCAGUGCAGUAUACUUUCAGUUAUCAUUUAGACACCAGCGAGCGGAAUGCAUCGAUCAACCAUCUUCCUUUGCCUGUUGGCAGCGGCAGCAACCUACGGCUACCGCUGGGAGUGCGAGGACAUGGCUGGCGAAGAGUCUCCGGAAGAAUACGAAGGUUGGUGUGUGGUGACAAACCUAACCGAUAUCGAUCUAUUGAAAACAAGCCCGCAGAUCGAAUAUGAGUCAACUUCCAAAUUGCUGCUAAAUAACUAUCAGUCCUCCUCCGUGGCACCAUGGAUGCAGGGCUACUUCUCCGGAGUGGAUCAUCUCGGCUUCGCAUACGGGAACAUCCAUUCCUUAUACGUCAUUCCAUCGUUGAGAAACCUUUCAGUUUGGGUAUCGAACGUGACGGAAAUGACGCUGGAUCCAACUGAAGACUAUCAACUGGAGGCGAUCAUCGUAUUCGAAACAAUUGUUCCUCUUCCUAAUGACAUGAGCACACUUAAACGUCUAAAGUCUGUAGAAGUUAGAGAAACAAUCUACCCCACGCUCAAUUUGUCCAGUUUCGAUGGUUUGGUCAACCUCAAUUCGGUAUCGUUUAGAGCAAGUAGAACAUCGACGGUUGUGAUCCAUUCGAACAUCGAUCUACCGAAUUUAACCAAAUUGAAGUUGACCUUUAACGACCUACAGAGCAUUCCAGAAAACAUCAACCGACUGGUAGCACUGGAAGAACUCGAUCUCUACUGGAACGAUGUCACCCACCUGAAUAUGGACGCCUUCAAUGGACUGAAGAACCUUCUACAAAUCAACCUGGACAUGAAUCCUCUGAAAACGAUAAGCACAGCCGAAUCCGUCAGUCUCCCGAGGCUUCAGUAUCUAACAUUUUUCAACGGAAAACUUGAGGAGAUGGAUGUCCGGCACUGGAGGAUGCCGGAGUUGAAAAAGCUGGAUGUUUCGAACAACAAGCUCAUAGAAAUUAGAAAUGUCAAGGGGUAUCUUCCCAGGGGCAUGACGCUGGUUGGAACAACAAAUUCAUGGAGCUGUCAAUUUGUGGAAAGUACACGGGAACACAUUGUGAUUGAACAAUCGUCGAAGGAAUGUGGCGUGCGAAGGGGUGGAAUUUGCUGCACUGAAUACGAUAGCGAGAAUGAGGAUACUCAUUAGUUAGGGUAGAUUCAAGUCUGAUGAAUGAUCAGGAAUGUAAUUUAAUAAUAAUUAUAUUGUGAAAUAUGUAUAAUCUUAAUGCUUAUGAAUUGUUUUACUUUUCAUUUAACAAUAAACGAUUACCGAAAGCAAACACUCAGUGGAACUUUGGUAGUGAGUCGUGCCUUUGCCUGUGUAGAAGUCAUUUCGUAGAGUUAUGCUUAAUAACAUUUUGCACAGAAAUCGAAUCGAUUAGCCGUCUUUCACACAGUAGAUCUGCAAAGUUUACCCAAUCUAAGUCACAGGUAUGGGCAACACUGAGCAAUGCAUGAAUUUUUGAUGUGCAAAUUAAUAUUUCUAUUGCGUUUCUAUACCUCUUCCAACCUACUAGGUUGAAAUUUUCCCGAAAAUCCAAUUCGAUCAAAUUUGGCACAGUUGUUAGACCCUCAAUACAUAAAAAAAAUUAAAGAGCAUUGGGGAACAAGGGGUUGUGAUCCUCCAUACAAACUUGACCCACCAUCAGUGUAAAUAGGAAAUUGCUACCAACCUGGUUCAUUUAAUUUAAGUUCCAGAGGAGUUCCUCAAAGUUCAAGAGAAACUUCAAUAAAGCUUCAGGGGAACUUCAGGACAGUUUAAGGUAUAUUUCAGUGAAGUUUUAGGGGUACUUCAGGGAAG